AUGACCUCGCUCACUGCACCACCCCGUGUGCCCAUCCCCGCCAACGGGGUGGACUACCGUGGCAAGCUCGUUCUUGCGCCGAUGGUUCGAUCGGGAGAACUUCCCUCUCGCCUUCUCGCCCUCAGAUACGGCGCCGACCUCGUCUGGGGCCCCGAAACGAUUGACCGCGCCAUGAUCGGAACCACUCGUCGAGUCAACCCCCGCAACGGCACCAUCGAGUUCUUCAGGCGGCCCUCCAACGGCGGCCGCCCUGACCGACCCAUCUACGACUCCGUUAUCUACCGCAUCGAUCCGGUCCGGGAGAAGGGCAAGCUCAUCUAUCAGAUCGGCACCGCCUCGCCGGAGCUGGCCGUCGAAGCCGCCAAGAUUGUCGCCGGCGACGUGGCCGGCAUCGACGUGAACUCGGGAUGUCCCAAGCCGUUCAGCACGAGUGGUGGAAUGGGUGCUGCGUUGCUGCGCACGCCGGAUAAGCUGUGCGCGAUCCUCGAGGCGCUGGUCCGCGAGGUCGGAACCCCCUUUCAGAUCAGCAUCUCGGUGAAGAUUCGCAUCCUGGCGCAGCCCGAGGAGACGGAGCAGCUGGUGACAAGACUUGUCAAGACGGGCAUCACGGGUCUGACGGUCCACUGUCGGACAACGCCCAUGCGACCUCGGGAGAAGGCCAUUCGAGAACAGCUGCGCAUGGUCGCCAACGUGUGUCACGAGGCCGGCGUGGCGUGCGUCAUGAACGGCGACGUGACCUCGCGCGAAGAGGGCCUCGCCCUGAUGGAAGAAUUCGGCGUGGAUGGCGCAAUGAUCGCUACGGCCGCUGAAACCAAUCCUUCCUGCUUCCAAUCCGAAGCCGAAGGCGGUCUCCUCCCGUGGAGGGACGUCGUCCACGAAUACGUGCGAUUCUGCCUGGAAUCCGAGAACCGCUUCGGCAACACCAAGUACCUGCUCAACAUGAUGAUCCCUGGCAAGAACAAGGAGUUCAAGAUGGCGAAGAACGCGCGGUCCUACUGGGAUUGCUGCCACCUCCUGCAAUUCGAUGACCUCUUGCCUCUUGCCGAGCAGGUGGACCAGACACUCAACAUCGCGGACCGAUCCGUCUACAAGGAGGAGGCCCGCAACAAGGCCGUCCAGAACGCCCUCGAGAACAACGAAACUGCUCGUGCGGCCGGCGGUGCCCCUCGCUCCAAGCCCACCUCGCCCGUCGUCGCCGCUGCCGGAGGUCCCAUCCGCACCAACUCCAUCCCCAAGCCGACGGCAAAGCCCGAGACCAUGGCGGGUGUUGAGGCCACUCCUGUGCCCGAGCAGACGACUCAGCAGCCCGAACUUGCGGCUUAA